UGGUUUCGGAGGGAGAGUACUCUUGAGUGGCAGAAGGCAGUGGCCAACCAAGGAGGAUUUCAUCAAACGGCCUCAUGCUUCUCCUCCAAUCACUGCACUGUGGGGGAGGGACACAGAUCCCUUUAUUAUCUUUGUGCAAGGGCUGUUUGGGCUCGGGUAGCAGGCAGCGCUCGGGAACUUUUGCGUGUUCUGCAUUCUUUGCUCCAAUGUGGAGCCUUCGAAAUGGAUCUGCAGCUGUAAUCAGUGCCACUGAUGCAGCAGUCGCCAGAAGCCGAGCGAUCCCGCCGCACGGAACAGCAGUAUUGGGCGCAGCUUGCUGGCUGCAGAGUUCUGCUUUCAGCUGCGCUGACAGAAGCCUGUUUCUGCGGAAGUACCCCCAAUGCCGAGCUCUGCACUGCUCUGCCCUCCUCUGUGGUUCCCGGAACCUCCUAAGGAAGCUACUCUUUAAACACAUGUCUUAGGAUCAUGGCUUUCAGGAACAUGAACAGAAAGAGGCACAUUGGACUACAGCAGCUUUCGUCUUUGGCAUCCAUCGGAAGAAGCCUUUUAGGACCAGUGAAAUCAUCCAAAUUUUUUUUUGAUGAAAGUACUUGUGGUAGCACGUUGAUUUGCUCUGCUGUGAAACUCCUUGAAAACUUGGAUUUAAGUAGUGCAGUGGGACAGCUUCUUAAUGAAGCUGUCCAGGCUCAGCACAAUGAAUUUAAAACGGGGACAACUACCCUGUUAUUUCUUGUUGGUGCGUGGAGCAAUGCUGUUCUGGAAUGUCUUCAGCAGGAUGUUCCCGUUUCAGUCAUAGUAACUGUGAUGUCUGAAAGUCUGGAUUCUUGCAUUGAGCAUGUGCAGUGCCUUUCAAUAUCGAUAGAAAAGAUGCAGCAAAAGCUAGGUUGUGUUCCUGUAGAAGGUAAUGACAAAGCUCCUAUUGACACAAGUUCUGGUGCAUGUGGAAGGCAGAUUUUUGAAAUUCCAGCCCCAGAUAUAAAAUCAAACGAUGAUCUUUUAAAUUCGCUUGAACAUCUUUAUCUGCAAGCUUCAGAAGAAAAAUCAUCAGUUCCUCCAGUUAACCAAGUGAACACAUGUAAAUCUUGGGAAGAAUCUAUGUUUCCUUCAGUGUUACCUACAAGGAGCACAGCAUAUUCACUUGCUAAAUCAGGAAAUGGCAGUUAUGUUUACACAGUUUGCAAAAAUAAUUUGGGAAGAUCAAGCCAUAACAAAAGGUUAAAACUGACCCACAGUAGGUACUUUAGUAGUGCAAGAGAAAAUAAUUCACAACAGAAAACAGAACACUGGGAUGAAUCUGCAAAACAUUCUGAUGGGCCCAGUGAUUUAAAGCAACUGGCAAUGUCUCUUAGCCAUGGAAACUGGCCUUGCAUGAAACUAGUACAGGAUAUUCUCAAAUUCCAGUUGCAAACUUCCAGCAAAAUGGCAGACACCCAUCCCUUCCAAUUUAAUAUUUCAGAAGUUGUGACGUGUUGUUUACCAGGAAUGUCUGAAAGUCAUUCUUGUGUUUAUCCUGGGUACAUCACUUUAGUAUGCCCAGAGAAAGCAGCUGUUGCUAAGCAACUUCAGGAUAGGCCUCUUCGUAUUAUUCUUGCAGAUGGUGACCUGACUGAAACAUAUCACCAUUUGGGGUUUAACAGGUCACCUAAUGUGAGAAUGGUCUUAGAAGGUGUGAAUAUUCAAGACAGCAACUCAAGCUUGUGGGUUGACUCUAUGUUGGAUAUUCUGCUUCAGUCCAGGAUAAAUUUAAUUUUGGUGCACGGCAACGCAUGUGAAAAUUUAGAGGGGAAAUGCUUACUAAACAACAUAGUGAUCAUUAAUCGGGUACCCCACUGUGUGUUGAAGGCUUUUAGCGAUAUUACACAGGCUGAAAGAGUGACCUACCUCACUCAGGGCUGAUGCAGUUGCUAUGGAUGUGAACCAGGAUUCUGCAGAACGGAGGAAAAAUAGUGUCGCCUGACAGUUGAGUGGCAGAGCCCAAAUGUAUUAGAUAUUGGAAGAACCAACAGGCUUAAGUGCUAAAGCUAUAGGAUUUAGAACGGGGGUGUCAAACCCCCUGCCCACAGAACUCCUUCCUCUGGCCCCUGACAGGGCGAGCCACUCCUUCCUCCUGCCACUACACUGCUCUGCUCCUUCCUCUCCCUUUCCUAGGACGCCACACCAAUGGCAUGCCCGGGUGGGUUGGGGGAAAGCGAACUGAAACUCCCCACCGCAAGCCACUCCUUCCUUCCUUCCUUCCUCUGCCACUGUUGUGCCAUUAUGCUCCUUCCUUCCUUCCUUCCUUCCUUUCUUUCUUUCUUUCCCAGUGCAGCUGUUGACAUGCGGGGCGUUGGGGUGGGGGAAGGGGAACUUAACCUUCUCCCUCCAGGAGCUGUUCCUUCCUCCCCCAAACCCUACGUGAGGAAGAGUGAGAGGAGGGAGGCUUUCUCUCUACAGGGAGGGAGGAGGAAGAAAGAAGGUGGCUGGAGUGAUUGGGAUGCUUACUUAGUGUUAAAAAUCUGUUGUGAACAACAACCGUUAAAAUAUAUUCAGAUUUUUCCCCCUGAAAAAUAGAAUGGAAAAUAUUGAUUUUUUUUUUAGGAUAUUCUGGUUUUAAAAGUGGCACACUCAGCUAAUUUAAGUGGCAGGCAGGAUUGUUCACACAAAGUUGAUAUCUGUAGGUAACUGGGAAGUAUGACGUUCAGAAUUCCUUCUAAGAGCUAAAAAAAAGAAGUAGUAAGUUUUCACCAAGUCAUAUCCUCCAGAAAGCCACCAUCUGCAAUAUGGAGAUGAUAAUGCUAGCCUACCUUACAGUGUUGUUGUAAAGAUAACUCUCAUCGGCCCCAUUCGCAUGUAACGAGUUGGAUGGGGGCAGAGGUUGGAAAUUGUGCAUGUCUGAAUGUGUGAAACUGCUGUUUCAUGGCAAAAACGACCUGCCGUUUCCCUUGCCAAACUCCAAGUUGAACCUUCAAUUUGUAGUGAGUUUUGCUGCUCCAGCCUGAGGUUUGAAGGCAGCAGCAUUAUGUCCAAACAGAGACACCACCAUAACCGCAGCUUUAUGCUGUUUCUGGAACCAAAACCAGAGCGAGGGGCAGCCCAGACCCACCCAGGAACUUGCCUGCUCCAUGUCUGCUGCACUUCUCAAUGGUUGUCUCUCCAAACUCUUGCGCACACACACACACACACCAUCUCCAUGCCACUCAAGACGUUGCCCGGCAACAGGGACUCCGCCUCAUCCCAUCCUGCCAAAGGGAGAAGUCACAUUGGGGGAUGCCCACGUUCCCCACUCUGGCGCUCAGAAGAGCAGGGGGACAGGAUGGCAAGACAAGCACACAAUUCUUUGUUCACCAAAAAUAAAUAAAUGUUGAAGUAUGAUCACAAGCACAUGCAAUCGUAGUGGCACCAUGAACUGCGCAACAAUUUAUUGUGGCUGGGAAUGAUGGAAGUUGUAGUUCAGCCACAUCUGGAGGAUCACAGGUUGGGAACCCCUGCAUUAGAUAAGUGAAUGGCAGGAAGCACUUAUACUGAGGACAAAAAGAACACGCAUCACACAUACCCAGGUGUUGAGCUAGCAAAACAAGCUAGUCAAGAAGAGUUCCGUUUAUACCAUUGUACGAGAAGGCUGGAAGACUAUCUCAUUAACAGCAGCCCUGUCCUCCGUUUGUGCUCAAGGGAGGAGGACUGCAUUGCUACUAGCUCUCUUUGAGACAGCAGAAUUGGAAGAUAUAUGCUGGCAUAAUUAUUAUUUAACAUCUAGUAAUUAUUUAUUUAGCCAAAUAUGGCGCAGCGGGAAAAUGACUUGAUUAUCAAGCCAGAGGCUGCUGGUUCAAAUCCCCACUGGUAUGUUUCCCAGACUAUGGGAAACACCUCUGUUAGGCAGCAGCAAUACAGGAAGGUGCUAAAAGGCAUCAUCUCAUACUGCACGGGAGAGGGCAAUGGUAAACUCCUCCUGUAUUCUACCAAAAGAAAACCACAUGGCUCUAUGGUUGCCAGGAGUCGACACCGACAUGACGGCACACUUCACCUUUAAUUAUUUAUUUAAAAUUAAUAUUUAAUUAUUUAAUGUACCUAUCUGAUGCUAGUUGGUGAAGCUCAUCAUUGACUGGGCAAAGUUAUUUUGUGUUGUUCUACUGAUAGGAAAUUUCAAGAAAUCAAAUAUAUGUAAUAGAAUUUUUUAUCAAUGUGCUUGCAAAAGGGAAGUAAAAGCACAGUUUGAAAUGUGUAGGAUUUCAACUUCAAACAUUAUUCAUUUUAUUGACCAACAGCUAUAUAUGGUAACUUUGAAUCCUAUUAAAUCUGAAUCUGAGAAAGAUCUUGUGCUUCUCUUGGGCAGAAUGUGAUUUUGGAAUUAUUGUUCUGAUAAUUAAAUGUUAAAAAUCUGUUGGGAACAAUAACAGUUAAAAUAUGAUUGCUAUAUUCAGAAUGUCUUCUUUUAAAAAAGUAAAAUAUAUAAACCUCCCCUCCAGCAUAUUCCGAUGUACAAGGUAGUGCAUUCAGCUAAAUUAAGUGGCAGGAUUGUGUGCCCAAAAGUGGUACCUGUCGGUAAUAGAGAAGUACGACUUUAUUUUGCACAACCAAAUCCACAAACUUGUCAAAACAUAGAACAGAAUAGUAAUUGAUAUUAUAAUGAAUUCUUAUUUAACAUUAUUUGAACAUGUAACUUCUGUAGCUAAGAUGUUUUACUCCUAGUGACUGGCUUUGGUUCCACCUGUCCUUCCAUGCAUGGGGACGUACCCCGUUCAAAUACAGCUUUCAGCAUCUUGUAAUGAAUAACAUCGUCCACAAUGAAGGGGAAACAGGGGCAGCCCUUCCAUGAGAUGAGACGAGGUGGUUGCUGCAGAUUAUUGAGACACCAGCAAGGCAGCAAGACGCUCUCCUGUCCUCCUUUUUAAAAAGGGGAGGAGGCUAUGAAGGGGGUGGGAGAAUUGGCUUCCUGCCUCCUGAACCGCCACUGAGGGGAAAGAGUUUUUAUAUUACCUUUGGGCCAAAUGGAGGCCAAAAGAGGCAGCUCUUCCCUCUGUUCCCUGCUGCUGCUGGGAGAUAGUGGGGUAGAGGCAACUCAGAAUGCACUGAACUGAUUUAUAAGCUGAACUGAAAUGCAAAGGAAUUGUGAAAGCUCAUUAUUUCCAACCUGGAGAAAGGGUUGUGAAUCACUCCCCAGUUCCAAAACUCAGGAACAUCAAUCACUAUGUAAAGGUGACUGUCAGGAUAGGACAGGAGAUCAAGAGGUAUGAAUCUGGAUAGAUUUCUCAGUGAUCUCAGUUCUUUUUAAGGUCUCGUCACUCCUGCUCUUGGUGCUGACUUGUCAUGUGUGAUGAGACAUAACAAGGGCAAGGAUACUGGGUGCGUUGUCUGGCAGUGUUGGCUGGAUUAUUUUCCUUGCAGUUUUCCAGUAAAGCUUCUUUUCCCUCUCUCUGCGCUGCCACCUGGUGUUUAUGCCUGGUGUAGCAAACUCCUUUGCAGAAAUAACAGUGAAGGGUGUUCUGUGCUCUCUCAGGGACAAAACUGAAUGUGCUA